GCGGGGCAGUUGCCCGGCGCCAUGGAGCGCGGAGUCGUGCAGGAGCGGCAGCUCCGCUGGCAGACUUUGGCGGCUCUGCGCACCUCCAGCAAGGGACAACUGAGCUACCGCCGUCACUGGCUCCAGGAUGAGGAUGUCUUGAAAGGAUGCAUGACUCCUCUUGUGCUGUCCCCUUAUUCUGGCUGGGUCCUAGACAGAGUGGUUGGGCAACCAGGCCAAGAAAAUGCAUCCUCCAGAAGUUCAACACCUAAAGAAUGCACUCCCCUCACAAGUGGGUCCUGUUCCCAAGAGAAGGUCACAUCUGGCAGCCUCCAGGGCUCUUCACCACUUUCAUCUACAGAGCCAAGUGAAACAAAGGGAAACAGUGACCUCAGCCUGCUGGAAACAGAGCAAGAAAUCAUUCAGGCAGUUCUGCCAUCUAAAGCUACUGAAGUUGAAGGCUGCAUUCGGAUGUAUGAAGAGAUGCACAGCUUGAAAGGAAAGGAGGGGCUCAGGCAACGACAGGAGCAGCAGGAGCAGAUGGUGAGGGCAGUGUCUGACCUGGCCAGCGAGCAGCUGAAGCGCUUUGAUGAGCUGAAGGAGCUAAAGCAGCAUCAGGAAUUCCAGGAUUUGAAAGAAGUAAUAGAGAAGAGCUCAAAGGAAGCUCAGGGGCAGCAGGAGAAGUUGAAGGAAGAACACCGACACAGAGCAAAGAUACUGAACCUGAAGCUGCGUGAGGCCGAGCAGCAGCGGCAGCGCCAGGAGGAGCUGGAGCGUCUGCGUAAGGAGGAGGGAGAGGAGAGGCUGCGUCGCCUUUAUUCCAUCCAGGAGGAAGUGCUGCAGCUCAAUCAGCAGAUUGAUCCCAAUUAUAGGCACAAGGACUUGCCAAAAAUUGAUCUUUCUGCAUACAGUAAUCGUGGCAACCAGAUCUGUGGGCUGGUGUCAGGGCUCAUCCGUACCACCAGUGAGAGAGGUCUCCCCACUCCAGCAGACGUGGCCAGCACUGAGCGAGCGCUGCAGGAGAUGCGGGAGCUGAUUGCCAGCAUGCAGCAAGAGAUCACUGCAGCAGUGGAGGAGAAAAAAAGAAGUGAAAAGGAAGAGAGCCAGAAGCAGAAAGAGUUACUGAAAAAAGAGCAGAUGAAGGCUCAGACAUCUGCCCCUGCAGAGCAGCUAGGGGGCAAGCAGCAGAAGGAAGGACUUCAAGUUAAGGCAGAUGAAAGUAUCAUGCAGUGGUACCAGCAGCUUCAAGAUGCUUCUGAGCAGUGUGUGGCUUCUUUCAGUGAAAUCAGCAACUGCAAAGACAACAGUGAGGUUAAAAAGAUAAAAACAGACUUGCAGAAAGCAGCUACCAUCCCUGUGAGCCAGAUCUCUACCAGAUCAGGCACUAAGCUGAAAGAGAUAUUUGAGAAGAUUGAUAACCUGCUCUCAGGAAAGGCUGUUCAGACUGGAGGGCGUGUGGUGUCAGUGACUCAGCAUCCACAGGGUCUGGAUUUUGUUUAUUACAAACUUGCUGAGAAAUUUGUGAAACAGGGAGGAGAAGAAGUAGCUGCUCACCGGGAUGCAGCUUUCACAAUUGCUGUUGUGGCCUCAGGAAUCUGGGAAUUACACCCUCGAGUUGGAGACCUCUUUUUAGCUCAUUUACACAAAAAGUGUCCUUAUGCUGUGCCAUUUUACCCUGCAUUGAAAGAAGGGACUUCUGUGGAAGAGUACCAGAGGAUGCUUGGAUAUGAAGUCAAGGAUUCCAAGAUAGAAGAGCAAGAUCAUUUUCUAAAGCGAAUGUCAGGAAUGAUUUGUCUUUAUGCUGCUAUCAUUCAAGUCCAGUGGCCUCAUGGAAGCAAACAAGGGAAACAUCCUCAUGGGCUGAACUAUGGGUGGCGUUGGCUUUCUCAGAUGUUGAAUAUGGAGCCUCUGGCAGAUGUGACAGCUACACUUCUGUUUUGUUUUCUGGAGGUGUGUGGAAAUGCUCUCCUGAAUCUGUAUAAAGCUCAGUUCUGGAAAAUGAUGAUAUUUAUCCAAGAAGACUACAUCCCAAGAAUUGAAGCAAUUACCAGCUCUGGACAGAUGGGCUCUUUAACACGUCUCAAGCAAUUCUUGGAGGAAUGUCUACAGCAGAAGAAAAUUCCAGUACCAAAGGGUGCUCUGAAGCCUUCCUUUUGGAAAUCAUAAAUCAGUUUGUGUUUCUUCCCCCCUGGAUGUCAGUGCUUUCAGACCUGGCUUCCUGUUUACAUGUGAAGGCAAAUUUUGUAUAUAGAGGAAUAAGGAGAAAAUAUUCCAUCAGACUUCUAAUCUUUAGUUCAUCAAGAAUUAUGUUGGGCAGAACAAACUCGUGUUUAAUUUGUUGCAAAUAAUUGGAAGUUAUUCUUGGCUUUGGAUUUUUAUAUUUUUCUGUAUAAAAAGAAGAGGUUUUAAAUAUAGUUUCCUGAUGACCUCUGGGCUUCAGAGGUUAGGGACUCUUGGACUGAAAAUUUGCACAGUGCUCUUCUGUUCCUGGAAAUAAAAUACCUCACAGCUUUAUGCAGUCUUAAGACAAGACUCAAUAUCAGAAACAUAUCAUUAGAACUUUAUUUUUGUAUUUAUUACAUCUGUCUUUUUUAAUUCAGUUUUAAUUAUUCUGACAUACUUGCAUCUUGUUUGUCUCAACAUCUUCAUACCACAGUGAGACUGGUGAAGGCAUUUGGCCAAGCAGUGUUGAACUCUUGUUGAGUGUAACUUUGCUCCCAGACAGUACUUCCAGUUUGAGAGAGGUAGACUCACUGUUGUGAAAGGUUUUUAAAGGUAAUAGUAACUUCAUGGGGGAAGAGCACAGUUCCUGAAACUAAUUACAGAAAUUCUGUGUCUUACCCAUCAGAUAGAUGGAAGUUAAUAAUCCUUUUCCUUACUUGAAGACAAAAAAAAGUGGCAAAAUGGUACAUUCAUUUUAGUACUUCUGCUCAUGUUCUGCCAUCAUUUGAGGGGGAAAUGGUCUGCUUGGGUUACCUAAAGGGGUGUUUUAUAGUUCUUUUUAUGUAAAUGUUAUGUAUAUUGUAAAACUUUUGUACCAAUGGUGGACUAUUCUGAGAAUAGUUCAUUCUUGAUGUCUGUUUAAAUUAAUAUUAAAGUUUGAUAUUUUUCUUUCUAUGUAAUCUGAAGCUGAUGCAGUUUGUUUUUUUUCUCUGGAAGAGGGAUAGUCAAGGAAAAUCUACUCCUUCUUGGUGAAUACAGGAGGUAGAUAGCACAGGAGAUAAAAGUGAUCAGAUUUUUCUGAUUUAUUAUGCUCUGUCCUUGAAGUAUUUUGGUUGCCUCAAAGAUGAGAAGGUUUGCUUCCAAGUUCUAGAAGGUAGUGUAUUAUUUUUGCAAUUUACUAUUGCUAGUUAAAAUUAUAUUUACCAGGUCAAGUUUUUUUUUAUUCCUAAAGGCACUGGAAUUUGAAUCUGUAAAAAGCAAAGUUGAGGCCAUAUGAAAAUCCAAAUUUGACUUCUGUGUAGCUCUUGAGAUUUCAGAGAAGAGAUUGUAACACAUACUUUGGAACUCAGGCCUUUAAAAACCUUUAAACUUGGCUUCAAAAUUAACUGGUAAGUAGGUUAAAAUUGUAUUUGCUUUAUAUAUUUUGUCCACGGACUCUGGAAUUCUUUAGGCUGGUGCUAGCAGUGAUUGUUCUGGGCUACUGGAAAUCUUCCCCAGGUAUCUUUUUACCAGAUAACACUGAUAUUAGUAUGCUAGAAAAUGCUCAGGGUUUUCUUUAUGUUGAGUAGAGAUGUUUUAAUUACAUCUUGCUUAUCUACAGCUAAGCUGGAGACUCACUUUGCCAGGAUACUAAUUGGUAUGGUCUGUUAGAUGCAAUUGUCUGCCUGUGCCAGACCACAGGGAGUGAUUUGAU